GGAAGCACCGGAAUGUCUCUGGCCAAGGCCACCGUGGACAAAUUGCUGAAGGGAUAUGACAUCCGUUUGAGGCCUGAUUUCGGAGGUCCUCCAGUCAUCGUAGGAAUGAGCAUCAACAUAGCAAGCAUCGACUCCAUCUCAGAAGUAAACAUGGACUACACCAUCACAAUGUAUUUCCAGCAGAGUUGGCGAGAUAAGCGUUUGGCCUAUAGUGGGCUGAACCUAAACCUGACUCUGGACAACCGUGUAGCAGACCACCUGUGGCUCCCUGACACCUACUUCCUUAAUGACAAGAAGUCCUUUCUUCAUGGUGUGACAGUAAAAAACCGUAUGAUCCGACUGCACCCAGAUGGCACUGUCUUGUACGGGUUGAGAAUAACCACUACUGCUGCCUGCAUGAUGGACCUGAGGAGGUACCCUCUGGAUGAACAGAACUGCACCCUGGAGAUUGAAAGCUAUGGAUACACCACAGAUGACAUCGUGUUCUUCUGGCAAGGAGGAGACACCGCCGUGACGGGUGUGGACAAGUUAGAGUUACCUCAGUUCUCCAUUGUGGAACUCCGUCUGGUGUCCAGGGAGGUGUGGUUCACUACAGGUGCAUAUCCAAGGCUUUCGCUAAGUUUCAGGAUUAAGAGGAACAUUGGAUAUUUCAUCCUGCAGACGUACAUGCCCUCCAUCCUGAUCACCAUUCUCUCCUGGGUCUCCUUCUGGAUCAAUUAUGAUGCCUCUGCAGCUCGGGUGGCCCUUGGUGUGACAACGGUGCUUACCAUGACAACAAUUAACACCCACCUUAGGGAGACUCUCCCAAAGAUUCCGUAUGUGAAAGCCAUCGACGUCUACCUCAUGGGCUGUUUUGUGUUUGUGUUCCUGGCCCUGCUUGAAUAUGCCUUUGUAAAUUACGUGUUCUUUGGCCGGGGCCCUGCGCAACAGAAGAAAAUCAAUGAGCGGCUGAACAAAGCCAACAACGAGCGCACAAGAUACGAAGAGAAGCGCCUGAGGGAACAGGUGGACGCGUACGGAAACAUCCUCCUCAACACGCUGGAGAUGAACAACGAAGUGAUGCCUUCUGACGUGGGGAGCAGCGUCAGUGACUCUCGGAAUUCGGUCAUGUCCUUCGACAGCUCCGGGGUCCAAUUCAGGAAGCCCAUGGCGCCCAGAGAUGGCUUUAGCCACCACUCGCUGGACCGGAGCGCCAUGCGGAGCCGGGCCAACUGUCGGCUACGACGACGCUCCUCCAAGCUCAAGUUGAAAAUCCCAAACCUGUCAGAUGUGAGCACCAUUGACAAGUGGUCCCGGGUCAUUUUCCCCAUCACCUUUGGAUUUUUCAACCUAAUCUACUGGUUGUACUAUGUGAAUUGA